CAAAAAAUAAGUCUAAAUAGGUUCGAUGUCUAAAAAAUGUGCUGAAUAUGGGUUAUCGACUUUAAAAACUCUUGAUGCAUCUAGUUUUGUGCCAUACUACAUAAUAUCUGCGAGCACUAGUUUUUGUUGUGGAAGUUUCGUUUCAAUUUAUCAGAACUACACAUUUUACACCGGCUGUUAUCACUUAUUCAUUUAGGCACUUUAGAUAUUUGUUUUAGUCUUUCCUACAUUUGCUGUACUAUUCAGGCUGUAGUGAUGACAGACUUAAACUUAAAUUCCAGUAGUUAACGCUACUUUAACUAUUUUAUGUGUGCUUUUUCCGUGAAAGCUCACUUUUGAAUAAAAGUUGUUUCCGUUACACGGUCCGAUAAGUAAAAGAGUUAGAUUUUAGAAACUUUACUUAAAUUCACAUCAUACCGUCGGCUAGAUGCUUUCACAGGUGACAGGUGGGACUUUGGCCAAUGUGUUUUUAUCUUUUGUUGCCAGUAAACAUGUAUGUUGUAGGGAUUAUUAUAGUGCUAUCCUUAACUAUAUGUCAAAUAACAUAAGAGAAAAAACUUGAGGUUAUUCGUAACCGUAGUACAACUAUAAUUCUUACAUACUUUAAUCGUCUAGGUUAAUUCAUCUCUAAUAAUGACUACUGAUUUUGCAAAAUGCAAUCCUAACAAUGUUGAUUCAUCGAAUGAUCUUCCUCCGGAAAUUGAUAACGAAGUUUUAGAAGCGGAUCUUGAGGAAAAACAGCGUCUAAUAAGUCAGAUUUUGGAGCUACAACAUACACUUGAGGAUUUAUCCACACGGGUAGAUGCUGUGAAAGAAGAAAAUUUAAAAUUACGUUCUGAAAAUCAAAUUCUUGGCCAAUAUAUUGAAAAUAUGAUGGCGAAUUCAUCAGUUUUUCAAUCAACGUCACCACGUGUUGAUGAAAAUAGUGAUCCGUUAACAUCAUCAUCAUCAUCAUCAUCAUCAUCAUCAUCAUCAUCAUCAUCAUCAUCAUCAUCAUCAUCAUCAUCAUCAUCAUCAUCAUCAUCAUCAUCAUCAUCAUCAUCAUCAUCAUCAUCAUCAUCAUCAUCAUCAUCAUCAUCAUCAUCAUCAUCAUCAUCAUCAUCAUCAUCAUCAUCAUCAUCAUCAUCAUCAUCACCAAUUUCGCAUAUUUUAUAUUCAAAAUCAUUUAUCUAA